GACACUUGUAAUUUAGUAGUGUCACUGGUAUUCCACCUUUAAAUACAUGGACAUCGUUUAUCCUCGUUGUCUUUCAGCGAAGUUCCGCAUAGAGUGGGAGCAAGAAGCAGAGAUCAACCCGAAGGAGACAAAACAUGGAUGGUCAAGAUUCAGAUGAUUCAAAGCAAAGUACUGCUGAUAUGACAGUUUUUGUCCAAAACCUUCUUACUCAGAUGCAAUCCAGGUUUCAGGCAAUGUCUGAAUCUAUUGUCUCAAAGAUUGAUGAUAUGGGUCAGAGAAUAGACGAGUUGGAGCAGAGUAUCAACGAACUCAGAAACGAGAUGGGAACUGAGGGGGGGUCUCCCUCUCCAUUGGCCCCAACUAAAGCGAAGGAAGAAGACUCGAAACCAGCCAGUAGUUCACCAUGAUAUUAGGUGUGUGGUGUGCAGUGUAGUUUGUGAAUGGAAGGGUUGGUCUUGUUAUACUGUUGCCUUUGUUUGUUUGCACUUCGCAGACUAGGAAACUACAGCUCUCUGUUAUGCUGAGAUUACCGUCUUACUGCUAUUCUUGUUUUUGUCAUUUUCUUAUCGGUUGAAGGAGAAAGAUACUUAGUGGUAGAAGAGUCUAUCCAGCUUUUCUUUGAUGUUCUAGUGUACCGUGUAAUUGGGGUUCUUGUAUAACAUUUGUUUGACGUGAUCUUUGGGGUAAGAGUUGGAUUUUGCUGCUUCAA